UGUAGCAGCCAAAUCGACAUUUGCUACAAUACUGGCAAUCGAAAUGUCUAUGGUACUCAAAUUGGUUGGAUGGGUUACAUCGAUUCCCACAUACAUAACUGCAUCCUUAUCCGAAACUUCGGCAGACCUUAAAUCAACCAGAAUCAACGGAAAAAUUUGUAAUAAAACGAAAUCGAGGAAAAGACUGAACUGAGAUUCGUCGUCGAAAACAACCGCCUGAUUUACUCCACCUAGUUUUGCAUUGAUUUUUAAUGCGAUAUUGUAGUAAAUUGUCUUUUCUCCAAUUGAUGUGGCUUUCCUCACAGUUGAGGCGUCUACGACUUGACUAGCGAUUCCGUGCUCGUUGUCGCAUACUGACUUUAUCAACCCAUAAGAAGGCCCUUUAUCGAACAUAUCCCGGUCGGGUAUAUUUUGUUCUUCGUUUAUCACUAGUAACAACAAUAUUUUCCCGUCUGCCAAUUUUGAAAAACGAUCAGCCGCAUCUUUGACGAAACGCUUGAACUCUUCUCUUUCCGCUUUCACAUUGAAGUAUACCCGAAGUGGCUCACUAGCGACCGACAUUCCGCGUUGACGACAUUUCUCUUUGAGGUCAUUGAAGAAACUUCUAAACAGAUAUAUUCAGUUAUGAGGCUAUGUAUUAGAACAAUUAUGUUUUGUUUUAAGAAAUCGCCUAUCUAA